AGCAGCCAGACCACACUGCCCCCAAUAUCUGUGACGGGGACUUUGAUACGGUCACCAUGCUGCGAGGGGAGAUGUUCGUCUUCAAGGGUCGCUGGUUCUGGAGAGUUAGAAGGAACCUUGUCCUGGACAACUACCCAAUGCCUAUCUCGGUCUUCUGGGUUGGACUACCUGAUGAUAUAGACUCUGGUUAUGAACGACAUGAUGGAAAAUGUGUCUUUUUCAAAGAUACUGGCGUUUUGAUGAAGAGUUUCGCACCAGUGACAGUGACUACCCGAAACUUAUCUCCAGGUGGGGCAAGGUCCCAUCCUCUGCUACCACCGAAAUAUACUCCUGGGCUACAAUAUCCGGACCCCUUCAACAGCCGGUAUGGGGCAUGUAACCCCGCAGAUCCCCUACGACUGGAAUACCGACAUAAUCUGCCCGAGGACUACAGGCCCCUCAGGCGCGACGUCACCGCACGAAGAGGCAAAAACAGACCUACCCCCAUCGCGACGUCCCCCAAAGGCUAA